AUGGCGACUGACUUCAACACCGAGGCAUUUACCCUCCUUGCAGUGGGAGUUCUGGUCGUGGCAACGAGGACUGUCUCCAGACUGUCGAUUGCUGGUAUCAAGGGGCUAUGGCUUGAUGAUUAUCUGAUGUUGUUUGCGACGGUCGUCUAUGGUCUCGAGACAGGUACAGCAUAUGCUGUAGGAGCGUGGUGGCACGGCCUCGCGAACAAUGGGAUGACUGAUGAAGAACGGCGAACCUUGGACCCGAAUUCACAAGAAUAUCAGUUCAGAGUGAACGGUUCGAAGACCCAGCUCGUAGGCUGGAGUCUUUACACCUUGUUGUUAUGGGUCUUGAAGUUAUGCAUGAUCAUAUUCUAUCAGCGACUGACGUGGACCCUCGACCAUAUGAAAAUGAGAGUUCGUAUCGGCUAUGCUGUUGUCAUUUCGACAUACCUGGCUACUGAGCUGUCGAUUCUGUUCGGAUGCCAUCCGUUUCACAAAAACUGGCAGAUCUACCCGAACCCAGGCAACCACUGCCAACCCGCAAUCUCCAAGAUCGACCUCUACGUUACUGUCGUGCUGAACGUCUUCUCGGACGCGUACCUAUUGUCCAUCCCGAUCCCGAUGCUCCUGAAAGCGGACGUCCCAAUGGUGAAGAAGCUAUCCUUGAUCUUCAUUUUCAGUGGCGCAGUUUUUGUCAUGGCCGCUGGUAUUCUGCGUGCAGCCCUCAUCCUCGAGGAUCCAAUCGGUGGUGCUCAAGCGGCUGGCAGUUGGGCCGUGCGGGAAACCUUCGUUGCCGUCGUUGUCUGCAACUUACCGCUUGUAUACCAGGGUGGUCGACUCCUUUUCAAGUCGCCUGCGGCCAAGAAUCUCUUCUCUCGAGCCACGUCCCGUCAAGGUUACAGCAAGUCGAGCGACGAUUCCAACUUCGAGAUGACUUCGAAGUCUACCGUCCCCGAAACCGAUUUUGAUGCCCGGCGGACACAGUCGCAGCAGGAAUUCUUCAAGGCGCCUUGA